AUGUCCUUCUUUCGUCGCAAUGCCGAUAAACCCUUGAUUCCACCGGUGGAUUCUGAAAGGGGGCCCGCCACCUUUCCCAACAGCACUUCUCCUCGGCCAUCCAUCCGUUCAUCUAAUGCCCGAAGCUACAACGCCAGUAGGGAUGGCGAUCCUUACGCUACCCAACAAAACGAUGCCUAUCCCGCUCGCGACAAAUACAGCAGGAGCAACGGUGUUGGCGAUGUCUAUUCUCGUGGGGCCGCUAACAUAGAACAAGACCGCAACGAGCUGUUCAGUGGAUACAAUCCCCAGAAGUCAGGCUCUGGGCGAUUCUUCGAUGGUCCGCCAAGGGCUGGGGAUGGAGAGGGAGACGAAGAUGAUGUUGAGGGGAUCAAACAGCAGACGAAGUUUAUGAAACAGGACAGUGUCAACUCAACCCGUAAUGCUUUACGCAUGGCUCGUGAGGCUGAGGAAACGGCUAGAGGCACCCUUGGCAAACUUGGAGACCAAUCUGAGCGCCUUGCAAACACUGAGCGUCACUUGGACGUUUCCAAAGGACACUCACAACGAGCGAGUGACAGAACUGAUGAGUUGAAACAACUCAAUCGCUCAAUCUUCCGGCCUGUUAUCGUAUUCAACAAAGACGCCAAACGUGCCGCUCGCGAUGCGAAGAUUCAGGAUAGGUAUGAAGAGGAGCGUCAAGAACGAGAGAAGGCCAUGAUGGAUGUGCGAGAGACUCAAGAUCGUUUGGGACGCGCUCAGACGUAUGGUCGUCAAGCCGGUGAUGAAGACGGUCAAGGAAGUGGUCGUAUCCGCUCAGCAGCAUCUCAAGCUGUCAGGAAGGAACAACGAAAGCGUUACCAAUUUGAAGAGACUGCUUCUGAUGAUGAAAUAGAGGACGAGUUAGACGAGAACCUCGAUGAAAUAUCAGAGGUUACGAAGAGAUUGAAAGCAUUGGGCACGGCCAUGGGACAGGAACUUGACGUUCAGAACAAGCGUAUCGAAACUAUCGAACAAAAGACUCUUGGUCUCGAUAACAGAAUCUUUCAGAACACGGAACGACUCAAGAAAAUUAAGUAA